AUGGCUUUACAAAAGUCUUCGGGGUCCUCUGGGGCUGGCAAGCCGAACCCCAGCCUGAUUGACCUGGGCACGUUUUUCGUGGACUCAGAUAUCAUUUUUGGAUUUACAAGUCACCUUCUGAGAAGAAAAGCAAAGGUUGAAGGAUGCCCCAGCAGAGAAUCCCCCUUCUCGCUGGAACUCAAUCCCAGGAAGAGGCUCCAUUCAGCGGAGGAAGCCCUGUGUGGCAGCCGGCCACCCCCGGAGGGAGCCGGGUCUAGAAGGGACCUCAAGGGGAACUUGUGCAAACAAUGUCAGAUGAAAGUCACAGAACUGAAGAGGCAAGCUCUUGCGCUGGCUGAUCCAGCAUCACUGAAGGACCCAGGCUUCGCCACAUUCCUCUUCGACAAGCUCCAAGUGCCUCAGUACCCUCCGCACGGGCGGCAUGAGGGGACCCGCUGCGAGGUCUGCUCCACCCCGCUCCACCAGCUGAGACAGCAGGCCCUCCAGACCAUCCUGGCCGUGGGCAAAGACAUGCCCGAAAUGCCCCCCGGCGCCCUCUCCGGCCUGCCCCCUCGGACCGCCGGCCACGGCGUGGUCACCCUGUCCUCCUCCCGGGACUGGGCCGUGCCCGGCGGGAGACAGCCCCCGAAACCCCACACCCUCCUGUCCGGGCCCGAGAGACGCAGGGGCCUGGGCUGGCAGCAGGGCACCGCCGCGGGGCCCAAAUCCAGCGUGCAGGUGACGGUGGGGACCGGCCCCCUGACCAGCACCCUCAGCUCGGUCACCAUCCAGGCCCAACAGUACCUGGAGGGCAUGUGGAGCAUCUCCCGCGUCAACAACUUCCUGCCGCAGCCCUGCCUGACGCAGGGCCUGACGGCUGACCCGGAGUGGGGAAGUGUGGCCCCCGAGGCCCCCAGUGCCAGUGUGAGCAGCUGCCAGCCGCCUGCACCCCAGGGGACCCCCGUCCAGCCGCCGCAGGGCGCGGUCGGGCCCCCCGGAUCGGCCCAGGGCACUUCCGCCGCGGCCUCCUUCUUCAUCAGGGCAGCCCAGAAGCUGAACCUCUCGUCCAAGCGCAAGAAGCACCAGCCGCCACUGCCGCUGUCCCAGGAGCCAUCCAUCUACCCCACCAGCUUCAGUGGCAUCCUGCAGGUGUCCCCGCCCCCGGCACCCCCAUGCCUGCUCCGGGCCGUGUCAAAGGUCAAAGACAACCCAGGAAUGGGGAAGGUGAAGGUGAUGAUGCGCAUCUGCCCCUCUCUGGGGCCUCACGACACGUCAGAGUCCAUGUCCUUCUUGAAGGUGGACCCGCGGAAGAAGCAGCUGACCCUGUACGACCCCACGGCCAGCGCGCACUCCAACUCAGGGCACCGACGCGCCGUGGUGUCGGCCCCCAAGAUGUUCGCCUUCGACGCGGUCUUUACCCAGGACGCCUCGCAAGCUGAGGUGUGUUCAGGGACGGUGGCGGAAGUCAUCCAGUCGGUGGUGAACGGCGCAGACGGCUGCAUCUUCUGCUUCGGUCACGUCAAGCUCGGCAAGACCUACACCAUGAUCGGCAAAGACAGCUCCACCCAGAGUCUGGGCAUCGCGCCCUGUGCCAUAUCCUGGCUCUUCAAGCUCAUCAACGAGCGCAAGGAGAAGACGGGCACACGCUUCUCCAUCCGCGUGUCGGCCGUGGAGAUCUGCGGCAAGGACGAGACGCUGAAGGACCUGCUGUCCGAGGUGGCCAGCGGCAGCCUGCAGGAUGGACAGUCCCCCGGGGUCUACCUGCGCGAGGACCCCAUCUGCGGAACUCAGCUCCAGAACCAGAGCGAGCUGCGCGCCCCCACGGCGGAGAAGGCCGCGCUGUUCCUGGAUGCAGCCAUCGCGGCGCGCAGCACCAGCAGGCCCGACUGCGACGAAGAGGAGCGCCGCAACUCGCACAUGCUCUUCACCCUGCACAUCUACCAGUACCGCAUGGAGAAGAGCGGCAAAGGAGGAAUGUCUGGCGGGCGGAGCCGACUUCACCUCAUCGACCUAGGAAGCUGCGAGAAGGUCCUGAGCAAGAGCCGGGAUGGAGGCGGGGGCCUGUGUUUGUCACUCACCGCCCUGGGCAAUGUCAUCCUCGCCCUGGCAAAUGGAGCGAAGCACGUACCUUACAGGGACAGUAAGCUAACGAUGUUGCUGCGGGAAUCUCUGGGGAACAUCAACUGCAGAACCACCAUGAUUGCCCACAUCUCUGACUCCCCGGCCAAUUAUGCCGAGUCGCUCACCACCAUUCAGCUGGCCUCCCGCAUUCACCGCAUGAGGAAAAAGAAAUCCAAGUAUGCAUCUAGCUCCUCUGGUGGGGACAGCUCUUGUGAAGAGGGGCGAAUUCGCCGACCACCCCACCUAAGGCCCUUCCACCCUCGGACAGUGGCCCUGGACCCAGACCUACCAGCUUUGGUCAGUGACCCAGACUACUCCUCUAGCAGCGAGCAGUCUUGUGACACAGUCAUCUAUGUAGGACCAGGGGGCGCUGCUAUUUCUGAUCGUGAACUCAGUGACAACGAGGGCCCACCUGCUUUUGUUCCCAUCAUACCCUCACUGAACAGGAGGCGUGUGAAAGAACCAGUAGAUCGGGACCACUUCAAGUGCAACACAUUUGCUGAGCUUCAGGAAAGACUUGAGUGCAUUGAUGGCAGUGAGGAGCCUAACUCCUUCACAGGGGAGGGCAGGGGGUCUCAGACAGGUGCCAAAAUGGACAGUGGAGUAGCAGCCAAAGUUAAAGAGGGGGUUUCUGUUUCCCUAAGAACUUCUGCCAAAGCAUCCUCCCAGGAGAACAUUUCUCCUCACUGCAUAGCAACUCACCCCACCAACAGCACCCCUGCAAUGUCUAAAAUGGAACAUUCCAAAUGGCCUGGUGCCACCUCUGAAAGGGGCAUAUCAGAGAACUCAAGCCGUACAAGUGCAGAUGGGGAGAAAGUGCUGGUUUCUGAUGGCCAGACCAGCAGCUACAAACAUGGUGGCGCAGCGUCUCAAGACUCUGAGCCGGUGGUGCGUGAGAAGGUCUACUUCAACAAGAAGCCACUCCCAAAAGCUGCUCCUCCUCCCCCCCAGCAGAGAGAGCCUAAGAGGCUAUACCCCGAGACUGAGGGCAGCUCCGCUACCAGGAUUCCCCCUGUAGGGAUGAGCCACCAAGCUAUGAAAAGGGGAGAAGCCGGGGGCUCUCCAGUCCUGGCCAGAGCCCACCAUAUGAGCAGGACCCCACUGGAGGUCAGCCACCUCCGCUCAACCUUGAGAGGGAGGUGUUUUGACAGGGAUAUCCUGAGGACCACUGUGACCCUACAACAGCCAGUGGAGCUGAAUGGAGAGGAUGAACUGGUGUUCACAGUGGUUGAGGAGCUGUCCAUUGGCGGCAUCAUUGACAACGGACGGCCCUCUAGCAUUAUUAGCUUCAAUAGUGACUGCUCUUUGCAGGCCUUGGCCUCAGGCUCACGUCCAGUUAGCAUCAUCAGUAGUAUCAAUGAUGAGUUUGAUGCAUAUACCUCCCAGGUGGGUGCUUCUGGGGUUAAUAUAGAGAUGGUCACACCUUUGCAGGAAGAGCCUUUCCACUGCAUUGGCAGUAGGCGUUCCUCUAUCGGCUCCUGGCUUAGUGAAGUUAGUGUAUGCACACUGGAGAGUGAAGGUGCACAUUCCGCAGAGAGCUUCAUACCACAGUCUAAGCACAUUGGUCCUGAGGGUACUUUCUAUUUGGAUUCCCUCAGCAUGUUCGACAAGGAGCCCUUCUCUCCUAAGGAUGCCAAGAGCUCCCUGAAUGACAGUGGCUUUUGCUUCUCAGAAUUGGACAGUGACAGUGCCACGUCCAGCAAACUCUCCCUGAGUAUGACUAAGUGCCCACCAUCCCCUGACUCUACCAAAGCAUCCACACGAGGUUCUAAACUUACAAAAAACUGUACUCUCAACACUUCUCAACCCGCACAGAGUCCGCAUGUUGUUCACUCCAGUCUUCCCAGGAAAAUGAAACCUACCUCAUCUGUCCCCCAGAGUAGCAGCAACGGCGGCAACAGCCGUGAACUGCAGAGACAGGAAGGCAAGCCAGAUGAUCCUUGGUUGCGCAUGGGCAGUCACUCACAAUCUCAAAGUUCAGAGACUGUCUCUUCUACCAAGUGUUCCAGGAACGGCACAAGUGGUAUACCCUCCAGGAAGCCAGGCUUGAACAGCAACAGUGUACCUCGACCACCCAAAACACAGGGGUCUACCUCAUCCCAGAGAGUGGUGGAUGGCUGUGAAAAGUCUAGCAUCAAGAAAGCAGAGACUCCUAGUAAAAUGCCUCAGUUCCGGAGAGGGGCAACCACACUGGGCACCGUGCCUGUCAUCCACAGUUCCCCUGAGUCCAAAGGGAAUCUAGAUGCCACAUCAGCGACUGGAAGCCUCAAGUUCUCCUCCUUGGGAAAGAAAACUAAUGGACAGAAAGGUAUGCUUUCUAAGCCUGGUAGCGUCCCUCCCCCUGCUCCACCAGUCCGUAAAUCCAGCCUAGAUCAGAAGAACAGGAUCUUGCUGCCCCCAAGUGCCUUAAAGUCUGCAGGUAUUGAUGCAGGAAAGUCGUCAGCACCUAGGGCAACAGCAUCAGAAGAUGAACUUGAUGUACGACUCCGAGUGGACUCCAGUAGCUACAAAACAUCAAGCUUAAAGGCUGACUAUAGCUCAGUCAAAGCAACAUCUAGUCUAAAGAGCAGGGGGGGCAAAGGAGAUGGUGGACAGUGCUAUGGUAGUCAGAUUUCUCUGGAGAGAUGUGACAGCUUGACGUCAGUUGGGUCCAAACCUGUACUCAGUAGAGAGAAUAGUGGUGCCAGCUUAGGCAGCAAUGGCAAGUCCAGCAGGUCUAUACCAAGACUUGGAAUACCAACCUCUGCCUCCACCCCCACUGCUACAUCUCCACCCUCCUGUGCUGCACCAGGAACCCCAGGCAAAACAGGGCAGAUUAAAGGCAGUGUCAUCUCCAAGCCAAUGGGUAUAAAUGGAAACAAGGCUCGUGGCCUGUCCUCAAGCAACUCCAAGGCCUUGAGCUCCUCCACCAAAUCUCUUGCUGCUCCAACCACACGCAGUGCUAACCUUCCCCCCUCGGGGAAGACAGCGACACGGUCUGUGACAGGGGUCAGUGGUAAACCUGGGAGGGGAACCAUCAUGGGCACAAAGCAAGCUAUCCGUGCAGCCAACAGCAGAGUCAGCGAGCUGGCGUCGGGCAGCCCCGGAAAGCACUUCAGGGGCUCCGGGGACUCGGACAGCGGCAACGACAGUGGGGUGAACCUCAGUGAUGACAAGACCUCCAUCCCCAUGCUGCCAUCCCCCUACAGUAAGAUCACAGCACCAAGAAGGCCUCAGCGCUACAGCAGUGGGCAUGGCAGCGACAAUAGCAGCGUCCUGAGUGGGGAGCUUCCUCCAGCCAUGGGCCGCACUGCACUCUUCUACCACAGCGGGGGCAGCAGCGGCUAUGAGAGCAUGAUCCGGGACAGUGAAGCCACUGGCAGUGCCUCCUCUGCCCACGAUUCCAUGAGCGAGAGUGGCGUGUCCUCUUCUGGCCGAACCAGGGCUUCUAAGUCCCCCAAGAAGAGGUCUAACGGCCUCCAGCGGCGGCGUCUGAUCCCGGCUCCUCUGCCCGACACCUCGUCUCUUGGGAAGAAGGCCAGUGCCACGGGCCAGUGGGUGGACCUGCCCCCAUUGCCCGGGACUCUGAAGGAGCCCUUUGAGAUCAAAGUGUAUGAGAUUGACGAUGUGGAGCGACUACAGAGGAGACGACAAGAGGAUGCAGCUGAGCAGCCAUUCCAGGAUGUUGAGAAGGGCCUGCUGUAUUUCAACACUAAGCUGAAGAUUCUGGAGAGGCGGCAGCAGCAGAUCCAGGACCUGCGGGUCAAGCACGACAUGCUCAAAGAGGAACUGGAGGACACCAAGCGGAGGCUGAUGAUGGAUCCCAGCAAGUGGACAGGAGAGUUUGAGGUGGACCAGGAUUUGGAUAAGGAGUCACAGGAGUAUCUGGAGGCCCUGGAGCAGGUCACAGACGAACUGGAGUACUGCGUCAACCUAUGCAAGUCGCGCGUAAUGAUGGUGACGUGCUUCGACAUUGGGGUGGCAUCGGACGUUCAAGAUGGUCUGCGAGAAGUCGAAGUGUGAGAGUGCGACAGAGGGAGAGAGGGAAUCCAGAAAGUCGACAAGGAAGGAUGACGAAGUGUAGCAGUGAGUUUGUAGAUGUGCCAAGAACGAGGCAACAGGAUGGCGCCCCACAGCCAAAAGACAGAACUAAAAUGGGCGUUGAACAUGGGAAAAGCCACAUGGGGGAAAGGGGUUUUUCUUUGUGCAAAAAGAAAUCUUCACGUUGUUGGACAGACAGGAAUGGAGCAGGACUUUUGAACAAGCAGCAAAGUUUCUACAUUUUCUGCGUUGGCGAGACAGAAAGCAGAUGUCAUAAACCAAUUCAUUUCACUACAUCCGAAAGUGCCUUUUUCUUAAGACUGUUUUCAAGUGAAUAUUUUUUGUAUUGGUGCUAGUAUUAAAACCAGCAUACCUAAGCAAACCCUAAACAUAUUCCUUUUAAGAAAAAUAAACGUAUUUUAUAUUGUAUUGUAUAGUGUAUUUAUAUGAUUAUACAGUAUGUAAAAAUAUCAUUUUAGGUAAGAAAAAAUAAAUAAAAGGAAAAAAAAAAUUAAAGCAAUAAGUUAAUGUUAUUGCAUCCCAAACUUUGCCUUUCUCAUGCUCAAACCUCAAGUCAACGUGUGCCCGUGGUCAUACAGCCUCUAAGACCUUAGGUUUCUGUCCACUUUGGUUUCUCUUAUAUGGAUGGCUAACCUUUUAACAGUACUGCAUUAUUUUGUCAAUGCCUCGACUUGCUGUCAUAACUACGCCUUGGUCGGCAGUGUUGCAGAAUCCCUUCGGCUUUUUCGUUUGCCUUGAUUGAGAUGGUUGCCGGCGGAUUCGCACAACACGAGAAAGCAAACCUGUUGUUGGGGGAGUGCUUGCCCUUGUUUAUUUAAAUGGAGAUGUGGCAUUGGCAGCCCAUUAAUCCUGAGGGCCAGGCCGUUCCCAACAGGAGGCCCACAUGAUUCAUGGCUCCACAAGCGCCUGUACUCUGCAGCGCAAGGGCCAGCCCCGCCCUGAGAAAUAGCCCUGCACGCAUCGUGGUUCUUCCACAAGCCUGUUUCGUUACAGUGGCUCUGAGGUGGGGUUCUUCUGGGUGAGCAAGGGGCAGAGGUGAGAUACCAUAAGGAAGGUCCCAGGCCAGUCUAUGCAUUCCACCACUUUUGCUCCAACCAAGAACCUCAAAAUGUCAGUGUUAGCACAAAUGUCUUGACCAGUUUCGAUGCUUCACAGUUCCAGUGUCCAACAGGACCCUGGUCCAAACCGUGUUACAGAGCGCUUGCCUUUCAUUUCUUCUAGUUUUUUUUAAACGGCGCUACACUGCCAAUGCAGCUGAGGAGGCGUACCAGUUCAGGACUGCAUCUUUCUGUUAAUACACGCAUAUCCUCAAAUCAGCCGGUCCCCACCCAGAAUGAUGGCAGUUUCCUGUCAGUGGCCUGAGAUGUGAGAAUCUCCAGGUCCAAGCAUGAGGAUGCAGUCAUUCAAUUUGCAGCCGUGAGAUAUUGGGGCCAUGAACAAAUGACAUCGUAAUUACAGCAAAAUGUAGCUGCCAGUAUGUUUUUGUGUUCAUUUGUUUUCUCUCUGAAUGAACUCAAUACACAGGCUAUGAACUGUUCGGUUUUUCAGAGGUAGAGACAAAAACCCUGGCUUGUUUGUUGUUUCUUUUGGUUUAGAUUUUUAUUAUUUUGUAAUAAUUCUGAACUGAUUUUGUUUUUCUUCUUUUAAUACGAAUAUACUCUCAGGCCCUUUCUGAAGAUGCUGCAUGAGAUUUUUAUUCAUCUUUUUGUAUUACAUUGUUUUGGUUUUGCUCUUCUUUUGUAAUAAAAUCCCUGGCUUUCACUGAUGCGUGGUCAGUUAUCUGAGCUGACUAUUACCAAACAUUUUUUAAGAAUGAUUUUAAAAAUGUAUGUAAGGCCACAUUUCAUAUCAAAUCAUAUUUUCAAAUGUCCUUGGUUUUGUAUAGGGUUUUCAAAUCCUGUGUAUAAAUGUAUGAUAUGGCAGCUUGCAUUGACUUUUACUUGUGAAUAAAUAAUAUGUUCAUUCUUA